UGUUUCACAAAAAUAUCCAAUCGUUAAAUUUAGUGUUGACUCUUUUGUACAAUUCCCAAAUGGCCAAAUUGCCCUUUUUUAUUAUUAUCUUCUCCAUCUCAACUCUUCAACUACUUUCCAGAAUCAAAUUCAAAACCAAAAUAAAAAAAUCCAGGAUAAACAGCAGAGCAGGGUUGAGACUUCUCCCUUUUCACCCCUUCCCAGACCAAAAUCUGUUCCAGAGAGCCAUCUCCCCCUUUUCUCUUCUCUCUCUAUUACCUGCUAUUGUUCUCUCUGGUGGCGUUGUCGUUAUUCGUGGCCGCGCAUCUCAUCUUUCCGGUCCCAAGGGAAGACCGCCGUUGAGUGGUGGUGGCAUAGCCACGAUCAGAAGUUCGCGACGGAACCCACAAGAUCCGAGAUCUUCACCUUUCCCCAUUGCUGCUCCAUCAAGUUAUUAUUUAUGGAGGCGAAAAGUGAGCAGCCAAAUUCUUCAAAGAAAGCAAAGGAUCUGAAUAUUGAGGGAUACCCAGUUGGGGGUCUUUCCAUUGGAGGCCAUGAAACUUGCAUCAUGUUUCCCACUCUUAAAGUAGCUUUCGACAUUGGUCGCUGCCCACCUCGUGCCGUUUCCCAAGACUUUCUGUUGAUCUCCCAUGCGCACAUGGAUCACAUAGGAGGACUACCGAUGUAUGUUGCCACACGUGGCCUGUACCGUAUGAAGCCACCAACAAUUAUUGUACCAAUUUCAGUAAAAGAUGACGUAGAGAAACUCUUUGAAGUCCAUAGGAAAAUGGACCAUUCAGAGCUCAAGCACAACUUGAUUGGGUUAGAUGUAGGAGAGGAGUUUUAUUUGAGAAAAGAUCUCAAAGUAAAAGCAUUUCGGACUUACCAUGUUAUACCCAGCCAGGGUUAUAUACUGUACUAUGUAAGGCAGAAACUUAAACCAGAAUACAUUGGUCUUUCCGGAAAUGAAAUCAAGAAUUUGAAGUCUUCUGGUGUGGAGAUAACAUACACUUUGACAGAACCUGAGAUCGCAUUCACGGGAGACACCAUGUCAGAUUUCAUAGUUGAUGAAAAUAACACUGAUGUUUUGCGGGCUAGAAUUCUUGUCAUAGAGUGUACCUUCGUGAACAAUUCAAUCACUGUGGAGCAUGCCAAAGAUUAUGGACAUACACAUCUGUCGGAGAUAAUUGGUUAUGCAGAACGGUUUAAGAACAGAGCAAUCCUCUUGAUUCACUUUUCAGCACGUUACACCGUGGAGGAAAUUGAAGAAGCUGUAACUGGUUUGCCACCCCCUCUAGCUGGUCGAACUUUUGCACUUACCGAAGGUUUCUGACAAGAAGUUGGGAGUUUGGUUCAAUACACGAGUGACCAAUGUGGCCACAAGAUUGUUGUUUAGGCGUUAACUGCUUUGGAAUCUUAGCGGAAAUUGCAACCUUUACUAUGUAUACCAUUUUAACCCCAAUUUUCGCAUCACGCCACAUCCACAACCACCAUUGUAGGUGCAAUUUAAAACCAUCCAGCCGCUUUUUUAGCAAGUGGUCAUAGGCAAACUGCACAUUGUCAUUGAUGGAAAAUGACGAGCAGUGAGCAAAUUAGGCUGUGCAGGGAGCACAAAUUUUUAAAAGGUACCCUCACACUACGACACAAAAUAUAUGUAUUUAGCAUUUGGUUAUAGAUAUUAAACCUAAAACACUGAUUUUUAUUACAAUUUUAUCCUUUAAAAAUUUUACUUUUUAAUCUUAUUAAUUUUAUCGCUAAUGUUAUAAAGGUUGGGUAAUGGUGGUAGCAAAGACUAAAGGCUUGAGAUGGGUUAAGAAGUUAAAAAGUUGAAGAUGAUAAAAAAAAAAUAAUUUGAAAAAUAUUUAAUGAAGUCAAUUCUAAAAUUAACCAUUCAGUACUUCGGUCAAAUGAAGUUUAUUUUUUAUAGAUACGGUUUAUAUCAUGAUCCAAAAUUAUGGUCCAAAUAAAUAUUCACCUCAACAGGAAAUCCUGAAAAAGUAUAAUAGAUACACGCAAAUUGUGCUAGUUAACCACAUGGGUUGAUCUAACCGACUUACUUGAGGCAUGGGUUUCAUGAACCAUAUUCGACCUGACUUGCAUGGCAAAUAAGAUUUUGUCAACCCUAUCCCAUAUAUUUGUAUUUAAUUCAUUUAUUACU